UCUUUCUUGUUGAUUCUUUAAAGCGAGUAAAUAUUCCUCAAGUUUCUACUUUCUUUAUUCCAUUCACAUUUACUAACCAAGCUCCAGUUUUCUUGUAUGCACAUAACCAUGAAGUCUAAAUAACAAGUAUUAACAACAAAUCUUUGUAUUAACAACAAAGAUUUGCAGGUAGCAUCAGCCCCUCAAACUUCAAGCCCCAACCAAACUCAUCUGUUCUCUCCCCAUGUUCCAAUAUUUCUACUGCUAGCCAUUUUCCCAGCCACACAGACUCUAACAUUUACCUUUUAUCACUUCUCAUAGCCUCUAAAGCUUUACUACUCAAAAUGUCCAAUGAUCAGUAAAGCAGCAGAUAUCAGCAUCCCCUGGAAGUUUAUUAGAAAAGCAGAAUUUCAGGCCCCGCCACACCCAUACUAAAUCAGAAUCUGCAUUUUAGCAAAACUCCCAGGUGGUUUAUUAAUACCUGAGGACAACUGGUAUAAUUUUUAGAAGAAAGGGAUCAUCUCUCUUAUCCACUGUAUCUUAGCAUAGGUGGGCACUCAGGUCCUUGCUCAAUAUCUGUGUAUAUAUGUAACUUUCAACUGCAUAUUGACAUACUUUGGAUCCUAUCCUCUUGCCUUCUAUGCAUUCCUUUUUGCAGAUCUCUUCUGCAUCAUCCAUGUAUCCUUUCCACUGAUCAUCUCCAUCAGCAUACAUGUCCCGCAGAUGGUCUCUUAGUUGUCAUCAGAAAAACCAACAAACUGGACUGAUUUGAGCAAGAGGACUUCAUUAUAAAGACCCUACAGGUGGUAACACCAUCUUGGAAUCUGCUAUUAGUGUUGUAGGCAGUAUUUCCCCCACCAAUUCAAGCUUACUACAACCCCACUGUAACAGUGUUUCUCAUGACCUCACUUGCUUUCAUUCUAUCUCCAGAUUGCUCAUCUAGGUGAGUAUAUCUGAUUGGUGAAGCCUGAAUCAUGUGCCCACAUCCUACCUGAUAGGGAGGCUGGGAAAGUGAGGAUCUGGCACUUUCAGCUUCUACAAUAGAAAAAAAAAAAAAAGUCUCUGCUUCCCACCAAGAGUCCCAAUUCUAUAAUUCAUCAUUUAGAAAAUUUUAGGAAUUCCCUAAAAGUGAAAGGGUUCAGAUAUUACUGAGCCCCCCAAAAAUAACACUUCCACCACACUCAAGUAUCUCAUCUUUUAAAGAGAUUCAUUUUUCCUUUCCCCCUUUUAGUGAAAUUCCUGAAAGAAGUUGUCCAAGCUUGUCUUUAUGUCCUCAUAUCUUAUUCACUUCCAUCCCAGUCCAAUCUAGUUUAUGUCCUCAAAAACAAAUCCAGUAUACACUUCUCAGCUCUCAUCUAGUUUGACCUUUCAACACAAUGGAUAGUUUUCUGGAUUCCUUGUCUCCUGGAAUUUCUCCUUUCUUUCUGAUUGCUUCACCUCAACUUCCUUACUGACUCUCCCUCUGCUCAUUCUCUGCAUAUUUAUUUUCAUAGCUCUAUCUCUGCCUCUCUUCUUUAACUUCAUUCACUCCCUAAGUGUUAUCAUUCAAUCCCAAUCUUUUUCCUGCCUUAAAAUUCAUAGAAUUCUUAAAAUUCUGAAAUCUGAUAAUUCCUGCCUUCAGAAAAAUAUCGAUAGGUUGAUGAUCUCUUUGCUGAACUCUUAUAGAGUUUUGCAUUUCCAGUUGCCUACUUCCCCCUUCUACUUGGAUGUCUAACAUACGUUUUAAUUUUAAUAUGCCCAAAAGACAGCUCUUAAGUUCCCUCUCUGAACUGCUUCCUUAAGAAGUUUCUCUAGCUUCAAUAUAUGGUUUCAUCAUUCACCCAGUGUUUAAGCCAAAAACCUAAGAAUCAUCCUUGAUUUAUUUUUGUCAUACUCUCAUAUCCCACCAAGCUCUAUUUUCUACCUCCAACCUGCACCCCAAAUUCAUGUACAGCUCUUCAUUCCCUGCAAGUACCAUCCGAGCCUAAACCAUCAUCAUCCCUUGCUUAUAACCAUGUUCCCAAAUGAACUGGCCCAUUUCUUCCUCUCCAAUCUCAUUUCAAAGUGCCGUGCCAUUACCCACACAACUUUCACUCCAUUGGUUUCCUUCAUAUUCCUCAAAUAAGCCUAGUUCUUUCCCAUCCCAAGAUUUUGCUUUACUUUCUUAUGCAUAUAAUACUAAUUCUCACUCCAACUUAUCCCAUCUCUGAUUCCACCUUAACCUUCCAGACCCCUCCCUCUAUUUUUACCUACCUACCACUUACUUUACCUCAUCAUGUUGCUUACUUUUACUUCAUAAUGCAUUUAAAACAUCCUGUAAUUACCUUGUUUACCUGUUUACUAGUUUAGAGUGUUUCUCCCCUGACUAGAAGGUAAGCUUGAUUAAAGCAGAGACUGUGUCUCUUUGAUGCCUGGCUGUGUCCCUUGAAUUAAAAGGAGGAAUGUCUAAUGCAUCGCAGGCAUUCGAGAAAAUGAAUAACCGAUGUCAAAUUCCAUUGAGAUUCCCUAACCUUUUCAUUUCUGCCGAAAUGAUUCAUCAUUCGUCAUCAGUGAUAGCUUGUAGCUAGUUACCCAAACAAGUUUCCUUACUUUAUUCAUUUAAUGUUGCUUGUGCCAAAACUUAAUCAUUUUCUUUGGUGAUGAUGAUGAUAAAGAAGAAGAUGAUGAUGAUGAUGACCAUGAUGAUGAUGAUGCUACGCUGGGAAGUUAGUGGGAAAAACGGACAAUUAGGCUGGUAUUUUCAGAAUAUCUCCCAGUUGGUGUGGUCAGUACCUGAACGCACGGUGUCCGCCCAUCAAUCAUUUCUCUACUUCCUGCAAUUGAACCUUCCUGGAGGAGUCAUCAGAUCCUCUCACUCUGGACGACUGACAUGAAGUCCCCAGGGACUCCCUAACUCUCCUGAAGCCUCAAGGAGGGGCCCUUGAUGCUAAGGCUUUAAAAGCCUCCCCUUCAGAACAAGCUUGGAAAACUCACAGGUAAAGUUAUAGUUAUCGCGGGUUCUGGAAAGGAGCAGAGCAUGAAGGGACUCAGAAGUCUGGCGGCAACAACCCUGGCUCUUUUCCUGGUGUUUUCUCUCAUGGGAAAUUCCAGCAGUGCCCCACAGAGACUCUUGGAGAGAAGGAACUGGACUCCUCAAGCUAUGCUUUACCUGAAGGGCGCACGUACGUUGUUACAAAUUCUUUGCUCUUCCUUGGGGGCGGUGCAUGGUGUAAUUAAGCUUAUUUACUUUACCAGGUUAAAUACUAAUAGGAUCUUUAUACAUUUUGUUUCUCCAGAAAGACGAAGUCCAAAUGCCCGACUACUAACUCUCCUGGAGGCCGCAGCUCUGCUAUUGGCUUCCUUGCAGAAACCACAAGAAGCUGGAGAAGAAAACCUUGAUCCAACCAGAUUUCUGGACGACAGUCUGCUAAACUGGUGAAAAUACACCAAAUUGAAUGCAGUUACAGUUCUGUUCUUGUUGAAGACAUGAAGCAUGUAAAUAAAACUCGUGGACCCUUUUUGCUUCAUUUGCGGUCUUAGGAACAGGCACAACUAGUUUUAUUCUUCUAGAAGCAAAAGUAAGGUGGAGUUCCUAGCUGGGAAUAUCAUUGCCUUUUAUUAUUAUUAUUAUUAUUAUUAUUAAUUAUUAUUAUUG